GUCAUGAGGGAGGGCUGAACAUAUGUCUGAACAAUCAAAUCUGGAUUGGAUUGAUUUGCUGGAUACAAAAGGCUCGCACAAAUCCCAUAUAACGGUUUCUCUGCUGACUGUUUGCACAGAGGUGUGUGUGCGUAAGGAAGAGGAGGCAGCUCAGUUUAAGACACUUCAAGCUGCAGCUUGAGUUCCUGUACUUUUCUUCUGAAUAUCUUCUAUCUAGCUGAAAAAAAUGGAACGCAUGGAGGACGAUAAGCCGAAGAAGAAGGUGACAUUUUACCUUCUCUACUGCGUUUCAACAGCAGUCAUCGGCUCACUACAGUUUGGCUACAACACCGGGGUCAUCAAUGCACCCGAGCAGAAACUGCGAAGAUUUUUCCAGAAUGUCUCAACUGAGCGGUACAAGGAGCCUUUCAGCCCAGGAGCCAACACCAUGGUGUGGAGCUUUGCUGUGGCCAUCUUCAGUGUGGGAGGCAUGAUCGGGUCGUUCUCUGUUGGAGCCAUGGUCAACAAAUUUGGCAGGCGUAAGUCCAUGUUGAUAUCUAACCUCCUGGCAUUGCUUGGUGGGGUUCUGAUGGGGCUGUCAUCUGUGAGUCGAUCUUUUGAGAUGGUCAUCAUUGGACGGUUUAUAAUCGGUGUCUUCUGCGGUCUGUGUACUGGCCUGACACCCAUGUACGUGGGUGAGAUCUCUCCCACUGCUGUCCGAGGAGCCUUUGGCACACUGCACCAGCUGGGUGUCGUUAUUGGCAUCCUGGUGGCACAGAUCUUCGGUCUGGAGUUUCUGCUUGGCUCAGACACCCUGUGGCCUCUGCUGCUGGCUCUGACCAUCCUGCCGGCCAUACUGCAGAGCAUCUUGCUGUGCUUCUGCCCCGAAAGCCCCCGAUACCUGCUCAUUGUCCUCAACCAGGAGGAGGAAGCUAGAAAAGCGCUGGUGCGUCUGCGUGGCUCUGAGGAUGUGAGCGAUGAUAUUCAGGAGAUGAAGGAAGAAGGGAUGAGGAUGAGCAUGGAGAAAAAAGUGACCAUCCUUGAACUCUUCCGCUCCCCAAAUUAUCGUCAACCAAUCACCAUCGCUAUAAUCCUCCAGCUCUCUCAGCAGCUGUCUGGCAUCAACGCUGUGUUUUACUAUUCUACAGGUAUAUUUGACACAGCUGGUGUUACUCAACCAAUCUACGCCACAAUAGGAGCUGGAGUUGUCAACACCGUGUUUACUGUUGUCUCUCUCUUCCUGGUUGAGCGGGCGGGGCGAAGGACAUUGCACCUGAUUGGUCUGGCUGGAAUGGCUCUCUUUGCCCUCAUUAUGACCAUCUCCCUGUCUUUGGUGAAGACCACCCCGUCUCUGAGCUACCUGGCCAUCGUGGCUGUGUUUGGCUUUGUUGCCAGUUUUGAGAUGGGUCCAGGUCCCAUCCCCUGGUUCAUCGUGGCUGAGCUCUUCUCCCAGGGGCCCCGACCUGCCGCCAUGGCUGUCUCUGGUUUCUCCAACUGGACCGCUAACUUCCUAGUGGGGCUGGGUUUCCCUAAACUGGCGGAACUCUGUGGUCCUUAUGUCUUCAUCAUCUUCGUGAUCCUUCUCAUUCUGUUCUUCAUCUUCACCUACCUGCGAGUGCCUGAGACUAAAGGACGUACCUUUGACGACAUUGCUCAGGGUUUUGCUGCCAGCACAAGGAAACCCUCCCCGGUGUCUGAGGCUGUGGUCGCCGGCCUAACAGAGAGCAAAGAACCUCCUCCCACGUCCCCCACAGACAAGGUUCCCAUGGUGGAUCUUCCUUAAGAGAGAAGGAAGACUUAGGGUACAAUACAGUCAAACAGGUUUCAAACACAUAGAUUUUGUAAGGAGUUAUAUUUCAUAACACACAAAUGAUGAAAGAGCAGCAGGGUGUGUUCAGGAAAAAAGCCAACAAAAUACAGACUUAAAGAUUCCCAAGUUACGCAUGUUUAAAUAAUUGACUGAAUUCCAUGUAAUCCUGCUUUAAACAUGGGCCAAACUUAACUGAAUUACAAGUGCUUAAUAUUUGUUGACAUUCCCACUGCCAGCUCUGCGCAUACUGCCAUAUGAGAGGAUCAACAUAUGUUCAGUGUUAAAUCCCAGGACUUCAGCUACCCCCAGUGUAAAAAGGUUGCAGGAUUUGGGGGAGGUUUAUGUAUUGAGGUCAAGCUUGAAAAGCUGGUUUUGGAGCCUGGUAGUUUGACCCAAAAAAAAAGACUUGCUGUCCUGUCUGCCUGCCUGAUGUGCCUUGCUGCCAGGGGGAGGGAGCCAUGCUGUCUUGAGUAUACAGAAUAAACAUAGAGGUGCUACAGCAGUCCCUCUCCCCUUCAGGUGCAUAAAAAGCACUUAAAAUAUAUUUAAGCGUGUAGAAGAUAAUAUUUCAUCCUGCAGCACAACAUCCCCCGAGAGAGUGGAGGAUGUUUGUGUACUAUUUGAAGGCCAGUGAUGUAAAUUAGUACUAUCUACUUAAAGUAUACUUUUUGUAUAAAAUGAGGAGUAGCCUAGCACCGCCAGGCCUUAAAAAAGUCUCCUUAUAGUUUUUUUUGCUAUUAAAAACACAACCUAACCUCUUGUGAUUUCAAUGCAGAGUACAACCAAGUUGUUGUUGUGCAGUCAUUUACAGUAUGCAUUACAGCAGUUGGAUACAGAAACUCAGGUGGUUACUUGUGUUACACUCAGCUUCUAGCUGUGGCAUAGAAAACACAUUCAUCAUCACUGUACUUAAAAAUCUGUUGACACCAGUACAGCAGCAACUUCUGCAUCACAGGAUGUGAAAUAAAAUAUCCAACAAUCUCUUAAAUAGUUACAUCUAGAGAUGUUCUGAUGCCAUUUAUCCCUAUUGAUACCAUUUUUGAUAUCUGAAAUCGUGUAUCAGCCGAUACCGAGUACCGAUCCAAUACCAAUGCACUGAAAAAAAGUCUGACAGCCACAUACUAGUAACUCUGUAUGGAUGUGAAAUACAGAUAAUGAAUGCCAUAGAGCUUCUUUUAUCCAGUGUAAAGCAUUGACAAAUUCCUGAUGCAGAGAAACAGAGUACUGACACAGAAGCAAAGCAAUACACCGCUGUGGAUAAGUGAGCAACAAAAUGUAUUUUAGCCAUCUAAAAUAAUCAAUAUCAGUUAAUGUGUACCCUAUGUUGAUAGUACCUUCACUGCUCUACCUUUUUUGCAGAUGGGCUGUUUUGACAGGGAGGCCUUUAGUGGCUUUAAUUCACCAUCUAUGCUCUUGUAAAAGCCACCAGACUUCAUUGAGACAAAACAAUUUAGCUUGCUGAACACAGGACCUGCUGGUCUAUUGCUGUUUAGAUCAGUUAGUUAGUUAGUUAGUUAGUGUUAUUGUGUGACUUUGGUGAAUCAGAACAAACCCCUUUAAAUACCAAAGUCACACAAUAGCACAAAGUAACUGUGGGAGGCAACAGUAGACCAGCAGCUCCUCUGUUUAGCAAUGUUAAAUUAUUAUUUUUUCUCAGUGGAAUCUGGCUUUAAAGAUAGUGAUACACCAGCUUCAUUUUCCAGUUGGAAAUCACUGUUUAAGCUGUGAAAACAGUCUCAAUGUAGCAUACAUUUAAACAGAUACUGAUUUCUUUUGGUAGGAAUUGUCUUAUUUGGCAAGCUGCCCCCUCCACAGCAUUAGCUCGUUUAGCUUCCGUGUCGGACUCCAGCCUGCUUCUCCAAACUGGGACGACUGUCAUCUACUAUAUGCAAUAGAUUUAAUAUUGAUAAGUACCAUGUACAACCCCACCCCAAAAAAAUUUAACCCUGAAAAGUUUAAUAGAUUAUGUGGUAUCUGGUCGGUGCAUAGACUCUAGCCAAUACCCGGUCAAGCAUUUUAGGCAGUAUCAGAACAACUCUAGUGGCAUCAAAUCAAGAGUCAGUGUUACACAGUCAAUUGAAGGAUGUAUUGAAACACACUCAAGUCUACUGAUAAUUAAGUUACAACACAUAUCUCAGUCGAAACAAGACAUCAGCCAUGUGGGAUAGUGAUGUGGAAUAAAAACACUAAAUGAAUUCUAUCUAUUUCAGUGGUUAACGCACAAAAAAAUGAAAUAUUGUAUAUAUUGUAGAAUCGCCGGUUAUUGCAUCCCGAUCAACUAUUACAUCACAGUAUACAUGCUUAUAAAUGUUGUGCCAAUGUUUGUACAGUUGCACCUUCCACUCGGGAGGUGGAGGUGGCACUUUUCAAUGUUUGAGCUUAGCAGCGUUUCCAUUUGCACUUUGGCAGUCAGACUACUCUCUAAUGAUUGUUUAUAUUGUAUGUGUCUCUCUGUAAAUAUACUGUACGUGUUAGGGUGUGUAUGGGUUAUUUGUGCCUCAUAAUCCUGUGUCAUCUAUGUUACAUCCAUUGAUAUGUCUUGCAUUGUCACUGUGGUGAAUGUCACCAUCUUGCCUAACAGUAAACGUAAGUGAGAAGUGACGGCAAUAGAGUGUGCCUCACAUGAGAGAUGUUGACCUUUACUGUUUUUCUAUCAUAAUGUCCUCUCUUCUGCUGCUGUAUUAAUAUGUGUGACACUUGCUUUGAGAAGCUUAAAAGGAAAUACAGUCGUCCAUCUUUUAAGGGACCUGAAUUAUGAGCAUAAACUUUUUUUUUCUGUCUGUAAUGCUGUGAGUCAAAGCAAUUAAUGUUUAAUGUAAUUGCAGUCUCUGUGCUCAAAUGAAAGUGUGAGAGGUUUGUCUGGUAUUUUGUCUGGUACGCACUUCUACACUGUGGCAACUCUGUUUUCUUUUUCUGCACUGCCGCAAAACCUCAGUCAGCUGUGCAGCUAAACACUGUAGAGCUAACCAACCCUCUGAAACACUGAAAUAAAGCCAUAAGUUGAAAA